AUGUGCGACCAGGGCGGCCGCGGCCCCGCCGCCGUGCCCCCGCCUCGGUCGCAGCAGGCCCUCGACGACGCCAUGCAGGCGCUGGAGAGCCGCGUUCUCGCCAAAGUGAGCGCCGCGCUCGCCGAGCUGGACGAGCGCAUAUCGAAGACGGACGCGAAGGUGGACGGGCCCCUCGCGACGAUGCUGAACGCCGUGGCCGAGGAGCACAUCGACCUGAAGGCGAGGCUCGACGGGACCUCGGCCUCGCUCCUGCAGGCCCUCGCGCUGGACCAGAUGGAGCUCAAGGCAAAGCUGGACCAGAGCGUGGCCCCCCUGCUGCACAGCCUGGCGCUCGACCAGAUGGAGCUGAAGGCCAAGCUCGACGCAGCCGCCCAGCCCGGGCCCGCCCGGCACGCCCUUGCGCACGCCGCCCCGGCGGCCGGCGGUGGCGCGCUGGCCACCCAGGAGGGCGGACAAGGCCGGGCUCGAGACGGAAGUCCCCUUCCCGCUCAAGAGCCCGAGCAGGGUGCCCUUCGGCCUGCCCACGGGCAGCCCAGCGCAGCGCAGGCUCUUCACCACGCUCGAGGCCGACCCGUCCAGCAGGGCGUGGGGCUGCCCGCCCCCUCCGGCAGCGGCCGCCGGCGCCGGGCCCCCCCUCUGGACGGGCUCGUCCUUCGCGUACAGGACAGCAAGACGCCCGCGUGGAGCUUGGCUGGCGGGCCCCCGCGGCUGUCCCGCCCCGCGCGCGGCGGCCUGCGGCCGGGCCACCGCUCGCUGCCGCAGCUGCCCCCGGUCCAGAGCCCGUGA